UUGUAAAACGGAGAAGAUAGUUUUUGAAGACAGUCAAGAUGUUGUGUCUGCUGAUGUUAACGUUUCUCGCGGGAUGUUUAGCAGAAGAUAUCACAACUAAAAUGACACUGAAGCAACACUGGGACGAUAAUUUUGAAGGCGAGCUUUGUUUUGCUUUAACGGGUCAUAUUGUUGGCUGGGAAGUUGAUGUUAGUUUUGAUUCUCCAGUAAAGCAUAUUCAGCAAUGGGACGCUGACUGGAUUGAAAAACCCUCCGAUAGUGAAUGCUUGACCACUAUAAAAUGGGUUAAUAAAAACUAUAAAGGUAUACAUGAGAAGGGCGAAAACUUCUGCCUAAAGUUCAUGGGUAAUACCUGCGGAAAAGGCACGCCUUCUGCAACUGCGACUCUGGUAGAUUUGACUGAUGACCACCAGACCCUACCACCAUUAGUCACAAAAUCGGGCGCCCAAGCAACUAAGUAUAAUUAUGCCGAUGUUAUGAUGAAAUCUAUUAUGUUCUACGAAGCACAAAGAUCUGGUAAACUUCCGACUGAUAACCGAAUACCAUGGAGAGCCGAUUCAGCUCUAGGCGACAAAGGAUCUGGCGGUGAAGAUUUAACUGGAGGGUGGUAUGACGCUGGAGAUAAUGUUAAGUUUAAUUUUCCAAUGGCUUGGAGUACAACGGUUUUAACCUGGGGUUUAAUCCAAUACAAAGAUGCCUAUGACAGUGCCGGACAAUUAGACAAUAUGUACAAAUCAAUUAAAUGGCCCCUUGAUUAUCUCAUCAAAUGUCACACCAAGAAAGAAGAACUGUAUGUACAGGUAGGAGACGGUGGUAUUGAUCAUGGAAGUUGGACUAGCCCGGAACGUAUGACUGGAAACAGACCAGCAUUUAAAGUGGAUGCAUCAUCUCCUGGUUCUGAUGUCGUCAUGGAAACUGCUGCUGCAAUGGCUGCUGGUUCUAUUGCCUUUAAAGACAGGGAUAGUGCCUAUUCUGCUACUCUGUUGAGUCAUGCUAAAGAAUUAUAUGAAUUGGGUAAAGCUCACCCUGGUUUCUACAGCUCCAGUGUUAAUGCCGCUGCAGCUUACUAUAAAUCUCAGAAUUACAGUGAUGAAAACAGCUGGGGUGCUAUCUGGUUAUAUAAAGCUACACAAGAUAAGACAUAUCUUGCUGAUGCUGAAGCUGCUCACUUGCCCGGUGAAUCGUGGGGAUUCUCCUGGGACGAAAAGAUAGGCGGAGCAAAUACAUUGUUAUAUGAAGCGACCAAGAAGGAUAUUUAUAAACAAGAUAUGGUUGCCACAAUGACAGCUUGGAUGCCAGGAGGAAGUGUACCUUACACUCCCAAAUGUUUAGCUUUCAGACUACAGUGGGGAGCAUUACGGUAUGCCUCAAACACUGCGUUCCUGGCUUUAGUUGCAGCUGACCUGGGCGUUAACCCAGGUGUAUACAGGAAGUGGGCAAUGAGUCAAUUACAUUAUGCUCUUGGUGAUGCCGGUAGAAGUUUUGUUAUAGGCUUCGGAACAAACCCACCUAAAAACCCACAUCACAGAGGGAGUUCAUGUCCUCUUCUCCCAGCCCCAUGUGGUUGGGAAGAACAGCAGAACAAAGGACACAAUCCACAUACACUAUACGGCGCUUUGGUUGGAGGACCUGGGUCAUCUGAUGAUUAUACUGACAAUAGAGAGGAUUACGUACACAAUGAAGUAGCGUGUGAUUAUAAUGCAGGUUUCCAAUCUGCUAUAGCAGGUUUACAGCAUCUAGCAAUUACACAGAAAUUACCAACCAGCUACAAUACCUGUGGUGGCGGUUCAGGAAGAUAAACACAAUGCUAAUGUCAUAAAUGUACAGUCCAAAAUAUAA